AUGGCGUCUUCAAAGACCCCGUGGACCUCAAUCCUACUUCAAGAGAAACCCGGGCUGCACGAAUACAAUCAUGUUCUGUCAAAUGUGGAAAAGUACUACACUCGCUUGGAGAAAGCCAUGCAAGAUGGCUCGAUCCAUGAUCAGCUGGUGCUCAAACAGGACCAGACACACUCACGCUUGCUGACAUCUUUUAAAAUCUUGCGAGCCAAGCAGCUGCCCGGUCCUGUUGCUGAGGAGAUCUUCAAGGCUAUGGUCCUUCCAUUUCUUCACGAGAACGUCUUUUCACCAACGCAAAUGACCCAACUCAUCGGAUCUGCACUACCGCUCAUCACAAAAAAACCUUCUCAAUUUCUUCGGGACCUCACAAAAACCCUCCUCUCAUCACAGGACUUGUUUGAUCACCUAGUGGCCAACGAAAAUUACACAGUGGUUCUGAAGGAUUGGCUAUUGGCGAAAAGAAACCAUCUUCCCCUUGUUCUCUCUAGGCAGGUUGGAGACAGGCUGAUUACCAUGUGCAAAGCCUGUUCUGCUGAUCAUGGCACGGAAGCCAUUGAGGAGAGCUGGGAUAUUGCUCAAAAACUGAUGGAAUCCAUCAACUCGCUCAUUGACACGUCUUACGAAGAGGAAUUGAAACAAACACAUGUGGAGAAUCUGCCUCCGUUAGAAUCAAUGAGGGUACUGGACCGGGACGAGAAGAAAUUAACCCUAUCUCAGCAAGACCCCGAAAAAGAAUCUAAAAAGGAAUUCAAGGUCUCUGGCGACAUCGUUCAGCGGAUGAGCCACUUCAGUAUCCAACCACCUAUGUCUGCUCGAGGACUCACCCAUGCAGCGGAGAAUCUCAAAACCGAGAUAAUACCAGCACUCAUGCGCACUGCCCUAGAGAGUUUCCCAUGCAGAAUAUGUUUGGAUAGACUUACUUCCGGAAGACUUACAGGCACUCUGGCCAGCUCGACAGACCAACCGUCAGAUCGAACCAUAGCACCUGGUGGUGGCCUAGACAUUUUCGGACAACGAGUCGGUCUGUGGAAAGUCCUGCUAUCUGACAUCGCUUUCAAGAAUUUGAAGAAACUAGUCCGCGAAGGCGAGUUUGGCGAGGUAGAACAGAAGCUCAGAGAUUUGGCAAGCGGCGAAUGGAAAGGCAAAGAUCUCUCUCAUCGUGUGGGAUCUAAGCAACAGAAGAAAAGAAUGCAGGUUCCGAUUUUGGAAGCGAGUGCCUCUGCAACUGUGUCAAUCCUGUGGCAGGUCGAUGUCGGCUUUUACGAUGAGCUUCCAUGGGUGCAGCAGCAGAUUGUCAAAGUUUGGCAAAUUGUGACAUCGGAAGAGGAGUUGGAAAUUGCCAUUGAACAAAUCCUUUUAAUCCAGGAAUCCUACACCGUUGAGCUUGCUCAGCUCUGUCUGGAACGUCCUGUUCAGCAAUACGAUGGAACCUGGACGCCACGGCAAUUCGACAACGUGAGAGAGACCGGGUCUUCUCAAAUGAGAUCCAUCGCUUCCUCCAAAGCAAGCCCAGUUCUAGUUGAGAUGUCAAACAAGUUUUACAAUCUCACUGAACCGUUUUUGAAGUCCAUCGUUGAUGAAAAUGACGCUGAGGAGUUUCCAUUUGAUCUCUCCCCCGAAGAACUAGAAAUUGUGAGACAUUUCAGCACCUCAAGCCUUAUUCUAGGACGGAGUGGCACGGGAAAAACCACCUGUCUGUUGUUCAAGAUGCUCGCUAAGCAUAAAGCAAGACAAUCAGCUUCGGAUGGGCAGCAAGCUCGACAGCUCCUCUUGACUCGUUCCUCCUAUCUGGCCUCGAAGCUCCAAACAUAUGCCAAAAGUCUGAUAGAUGCUCAAUCAAAGUCUCCAUCAACCGAAGAGGAUAUAGACUCAGAUCUGAAACCAAUCUCGUUCUUCGCCCUGAAGAACUCGCACUUUCCAGUCGUCUGCACUUACGACGAAUUUCUUGGGCUUCUGGAGAGUACAAUCAGGAUGGCUGAUCGAAAAGACUUCCUAAGAGACAUCAAUCCCAGCAGGACAAAGAUUCUAGACCCGCAAGUGGGAGAUAUGCCACGAGUGAUUGAUUUCAGCAUUUUUAAAACAGAAUAUUGGGGUUCAUUAAGUGGAUUAGCUCCACCAUCAUGCUCCCCAGAGCUCCUCUUCGCAGAGAUCAUGGGCGUCAUCAAGGGCUCUAGCAACACAGCAAAAAGCCUGAAGCCGUUGUGCCGUGCGGAAUAUGUGAAGAAGAAUGCGAAAGCUUCUCCGGCCUUUACAUCUGAAGUAGAGCGUGAAAAAGUUUUUGGAGCAUUUGAGCGCUAUGAAAAACAAAAAAGGCUUCGCGAGGAGAUCGACGAGCUGGACCGUGUUAGUGCCAUGCUGAAGUCACUGAGAGAUAACAGAGGCCUAGCAACGCAGAUACAGCGCUGUUUUGAGGAAAUCUACGUUGAUGAAAUUCAAGACUUGCGUUGUCUUGAUAUUGUCUUGCUUUUGGGCUGCCUUAGUGACGCCCGUGGGAUUCACCUUGCUGGCGACACUGCCCAAUGCAUCUCAAAGGAUUCGGUGUUCCGGUUCCCUGAGAUCAAGGCUUUGUUCUACGAGUAUUACGAAGUCAUUGCCAAGGAACUGAAUCAGCCGUCACUUGCUAAGCCUGUUCAAUUCUCUCUGGCUAAGAAUUAUCGCUCGCAUCAGGGUAUUCUAAGCUUUGCGUCGUGGGUGAUGCAGCUACUCUGGCACGGAUUCCCGGAAACCAUUGACAAGUUGGACCCAGAGAUUGGAUAUAUUGGAGGGCCGAAGCCAAUUCUCUUUGCUGGAUUUGACUCCUCGAUUCUUUCUGCCAAAAUGAUUGGCCUUGUCAAGCUUAACGACAAGGUCGCCGACUUUGGCGCCGAGCAAGUCAUCCUUGUUCGAGACAAUAUGUCAAAGGACAAAUUACAAACUCAAAUUGGCGAGAUUGCCCUUGUCUUGACAAUCCUAGAAAGCAAGGGCAUGGAAUUUGAUGAUGUCUUGGUGUAUGACUUCUUCGGGAGCAGUGGGCUUGGCAGCAACUACCGGUGCCUUCACAUGCUUGUUCAAGCAGCGCGAGUGCAGUUUGAUUCUCAAAAACAUGCGGCGAGCUUUGUGCUCAGAACUCAAGGUACAUCUCUUCCUUCGCUACCGAUCUAUCUUGCUAACAUUGAUGACAAGUCACUUUAUGUCGCUGUUACUCGAGCCAGAAAGCAACUGUGGUUCAUGGAGCCCCAAGAGAACAGCAUCGAUCCAAUUCUUAAAACGCUCUCCCAGAGUAAUAGCCUCGAGCUUGCUGAAUUUGUGAAGCAGAAAGACCCUAAUGUUGCGUCAAAGGUUAUGGUUCUGCGGGCCGGUGGCUCGGUGGACCCAGAGAGGUGGCUUAAGAGAGCAGCACAUCUACUCCAUCGGAAGAGCUUUGCGGAGGCAAUGUUUUGCUACAAGAAAGCCAAUGAUUCUCGAGGAAUGACACACUCGCAGGCGUGUUUGCAUGAGCAAGAAGGAAGAUCCCACCGAGCGGCCGGCGAUACUGAAAAAUUUACCGCAUGCUACGAGAAAGCCAUUGCUCUUUUCCUAGAAAUCGGCCUCAUUGCAGAAGCGGCAAUGUGUUACGAAGGACUUGGGCAGUUCGGCAAAGUUGCAGAAAUCUGGAAGGAUCAUGAACAAUAUCAGAAAGCUGCAAGUUUCUAUGAGAAAGGCAACUUGUUCACCGAAGCUUCGGAGUGUUAUCAUUAUUGUGGUCAACACGAGGCGGCAAUCGAGGUCCUGCGCCGCGGAGACCAGUUCGAUGAAUUGGUCACCUAUGCCAACAGGAACCGUGAGUACCUCAGCGAGCCCACCUUGCUUCGUUACUCGAGACUAUGCAAUAUCUUGCUUAAGCAGGGACGUGUCUCUGCCCGUCUGAGGGCGAUAACCAUCAACAUGCUUGGGUCGGAUGUGUGCAAGAUCGCUUUCUUCAAAGAGUUUGAAAUAUGGGACCAGUUGCGUGCGCUCUAUUCAUCAAAGUCCAGAUGGUUUGAGUAUUACGAUCUAUCAGUGGCUGUUGGUGACAUCCCUGUGGCGAUGAGCACAUUGCUGGUCCACAAAUUGAUGCCAGUGGUCGACAAGCCAGUGGUCGAAAAGCUCUUCAAUUAUUCCAUGGUCGAAAUCCUGCAUGCCCAUAGAGAUCUGAUUCCGGGCAAGCCUGAGCGAGAUGGGCUGCUCAAAUCAGUCAAAUCAACCUAUCUCGAAAAACUCGGCGCUCAGUGGAAAACGCUGUUGCUGUUGAUCGAUGAUUUUGACGAUAUCGAUCUACCAGCUUCAGUUAAACAUCUGGAUAAAGGACUUUUAAAGGACAUUUUCUGUCUAUUUGUGAUCGCUUUCGAGCCAACAGUACUCACCAGGCAGAAAAUCGAGCACCUUCCAAUGGAUAUUGUCAUCCGAGUUGGAGAGCUGUUGCAGGAAUUUUAUGCCCGGAACCAGUAUUCCCUUACUUGCCUGGCCAUGAGUUGUGGCAUUUUUACCAACCCAAAGCAAGAGAACCAGACAAUCCUGCUUCACUGGUCUCCAUUGAGGACUUACACAGCAACGCCUAUUGAUGGAUCUUCAUCCGAGAACUUGCUCGACAUUGCGAAAGACUUCAUUCAAGACAAGUUUGCGGCAGUGCUUACUCAAUUCCAUGAAAAUGCAUCCAGUCUUGUGAAGAAGGAUUUUCCGCCAACAUGUUUCCAUCAGCUUUACAAAGGAUUUUGUUCAAAGCUCAAGGCCACCGAAUGCUUCUGGGGUCAUGAUAAGCCUACUGCAGAAUUCGCUAUUUCGAAGUUGAAUUGCCUUCUAGCUGUUGCUGAAGUUUUUGCGCGACUUACGCCUAUUUACUAUCAAAGAGUAAUGGGCGAGGCUUUCAGCAAAACAUUUCUGGGUCGCAGGAGAACUUGGAUCCAAAGUAUCCAAGAGGAGCUGGUAAUUGUCAGUUCAUUGGAGCAGUCCUCUACUGCAAUUGCAAAUUUGCGUUCCAACUUGCAAAGCAAUCCAGAGUUUGCUGCAACCGCAUACUGCCUCGAAGAUUUACUAUUUUAUCGUAUGAACAAGGAAUGGAGCUCGAUGGGCAGUCUGAGUUCUUCUCUAGAGAAGGUCCAAGAAGCUCAAAUUCUCGGUCCCCACCCGGCCACGCGAUUUCAGCGAGCACUCGUUAUGAACAUGGAUCGCAGCAUGCCACCGCGCCCUAAGCGAUCUGGCCAUCCGCUGGCGUUGCCUUUGACAGCAUUGAAUGCUGCUGAGAGAAUUCGGUCCGCGGUUGCAAGACGCCAUGCUCAAGACUUUCACAACGGCGUCAGCGCCUUUGUUCAAUGUCUCGAGAAAACACCCAAAUCCUCCCUUGGGUCCCUCCAUGCUGUCCUUUCUGUGCUCGAAUUUGCAGCUACAUACAUUCUUUGUAUCGCCAAUCCGGGAAGGGGCAUCGUAAUUCCCUGGUCCUGGGCCUUGCAGCAUCUUUCGACAAUUAUGCAAUCUCCCGCCAAAGACUACGGUUUCAAGGACAGAGAAAUCCGAGUGCAAACAACCGAUUUGAUGAAAAUUGUCACCAGCUUCUGCAGCCUUAUGGAACAGGUCGAAAGUGCCCUCACUAACGGCAUUCUGAGGUUCCAAGGACUGGGACGCAGUAAUCUUCCAAUCCCUAUUGUGAAACGACGCUGCACUGAGCUUCUAACGACCGUGAAUCUCAACUUAAACCAUUGGCCCAAGCAGCCAAUCGGCUUUAAGGAGAUGGAGAAAGUGGUCAACAAGACACUUCGAUCAACCCUUAUUCCACCGGGAAUGACACUGGAGUUUUCCAAUAGUGAUAGGUUCCGGCAAAGUUGCAUCCGCGAGUAUGCAGCCUACAACCAUAAAGAUGAGCUUUGCGUCAUUACGCUUGAUGAUAGAAAAUCCGCCCCUCUCUUCCUGCGUUCUUUCACACAAGGCAACGCGAAAUUUGCUCAGUUAAGCGAUAUCCUGCAAGUGUCGCGCAUCGCCGAGAAUCCACUAUGCAUGGGCCUAGAGGAAGACUGGCAAAUUGACGAAUAUACCGGCUACGAGCUUGACAUGAUCAUAAAUCUUCAGCGACGCUGGAGACAGGUGAUGAAGGUCCUUGAAAAUAACCGCUGUAGGGAACAAACCCGCGAGGGUAAACUUGUCCAGCACUUCCACGAGGUGUGCACAAGACGCAUGAGCAUUCUACCCGCAGCCUCUUGGUCGACUCGGGAUAGAAUACACAUGCGCAGGGUGAUAUUUACCGACGGUGUGAAGAUCGCCAUAGCUCUUGAUAAUGUUUUAGACAGCUUCCGACAGCUGAAGGGGCGGUGGAGACAACAAUUCGACAGCAAUUGGUCCACCGCAAAGCUAGAGGAGCUUUCUGUCAUUCGGGGACGCAUUCUCCCGAUCGAUGGCCAGCUUGAGUAUAUCACUGAGCACUGGUCUCCCAAGGGCAUCGAGGAGGGCAUGAUGACCGUUCCGGCUCAGGACCUCGGUAGCUCAGCACGUGAGGCCCAGCGCGCCCUCUGGGCUGUUCAGCGCGAGAUUGAAAUCAUUCGAUGCCAGGUUGAGAUCAUUGCCAAGAGUGCUGCUAACUGA